ACUUUUCCUAAAAAUAUCGGCGUCCUCGCACGCGCGCGCUCGGCGAGGGGAUAUUCUAAAUUGUUGGGGACAGACGGGCCCCGCCCCCCGUACAUCAGGCCAAUGACAGUGCACGCGCCUCCCACGAGUUAUUGGGGGGCGGGGGGCAUUUCUGACAGUCCUGCUGAGUGACGCGGAGCUCUUUCUGUACCCCACCCCGAGCGCGCGCGGUGCUCCUCUUCCUUGCCCGCCCGCCUCCCCCCAUUUCGUUACCUUCCUGAGGUGCGUCUGCCCCCCCCCGCCCUCACAGCUGCGCAAUGGACCGCAGCGGACUUCUGGAGCAGCCGCUGUCCUUCUUCCAAAGCACCGCGGAGGAAGAGGAGGAGAUGCCGGCCACCGAGAAGGAUCUGGCUGAGGACGCGCCAUGGAAGAAGAUCCAGCAGAACACCUUCACCAGGUGGUGCAACGAGCACCUGAAGGUGAUCAACAAGCGCAUCCAGGACCUGCAGAGAGACCUGAGCGACGGGCUGAAGCUGAUCGGGCUGCUGGAGGUGCUGAGCCAGAAGAAGAUGUUUCGGAAGUUCCACUGCAGGCCGAACUUCCGCCAGAUGAAGCUGGAGAACGUGUCCGUGGCGCUGGAGUUCCUGGAGCGCGAGCACAUCAGGCUGGUCUCCAUUGACUCCAAAGCCAUCGUGGAUGGAAACCUCAAGUUGAUUCUGGGUCUGAUCUGGACACUCAUUUUACAUUACUCCAUCUCCAUGCCUAUGUGGGAGGACGAGGAUGAUGACGCCAAGAAGCUGACCCCCAAACAGCGACUGCUGGGCUGGAUCCAGAAUAAGGUGCCACAGCUUCCCAUCACCAAUUUCCAUAGAGACUGGAGAGAUGGCAAGGCGCUGGGGGCUCUGGUGGACAACUGUGCUCCCGGUCUCUGUCCGGACUGGGAAAUGUGGGAUUCAAACCAGCCAGUGGAGAAUGCCCGAGAGGCCAUGCAGCAGGCUGAUGAUUGGCUCGGAGUGCCACAGGUGAUCGCUCCAGAAGAAAUUGUGGACCCGAAUGUGGACGAGCACUCUGUCAUGACGUACCUGUCACAGUUCCCCAAAGCCAAGCUAAAGCCUGGUGCUCCGCUGAGGGCAAAAACAUUGCACCCCAAGAGGGCCAAGGCCUAUGGACCAGGUAUUGAGCCUCGAGGAAACAUGGUUCUGAAAGUUGCUACGUUCUUGGUGGACACUGUGGAGGCUGGACUCGGGGAGGUUCUGGUUUAUGUAGAGGAUCCUGAGGGACACACCGAAGAGGCUCGAGUGAUCCCCAACAAUGACAAGAACCGCACAUACUCUGUAGUCUAUCUGCCUAAAGUAGAGGGGCUCCAUAAAGUGAAGGUGCUGUUUGCUGGGCAGGACAUUGAUAGGAGCCCUUUCAUGGUGGACAUAGCAAAGGCUAUGGGUGAUCCCAGCAGGGUUCAAGCCCGAGGGUCUGGACUGCAACCCACAGGGAAUGUGGCAAACAAACCAACGUACUUUGACAUUUACACUGCAGGAGCAGGUACAGGGGAUGUCGGCGUCGUCAUUGUGGACUCCAACAGCCGAAGAGACACGGUGGAGAUCUUCUUGGAGAACAGAGGCGACAGUAUUUUCCGGUGCACCUAUGUCCCCAUUCUGGAGGGGCCUCAUGUUGUCUAUGUGACUUUUGCUGGACAGCAAAUUCCCAGAAGUCCUUUCACUGUCCACAUCUCUGCUGUUUCACAGAGUGCCCCCACUCCACAGUCUCCGGUGCAGGUUAUACCCCAUCCCAUAUGUACCCCACCCUCAGACAAGAUAAGGAGAGCCCCCCCUCCAACACCUCCCAAACCCAGAUGGCAAACCUGCAAUCCAAGCGUCUGUCGGGCGUUUGGCCGAGGCCUGCAGCAGAAAGGCCUGAGAGUGAAGGAGGUGGCGGAUUUUAAAGUGCACACUAAAGGAGCUGGAAAAGGGGAGCUCAAAGUCUCUGUGAAAGGACCAAGGGGACUGGAGGAGCCUGUGAAGGUUCUUGAGAUGAAGAACGGAGUCUAUGAAUGUAAUUAUUACCCCAUUAUGACAGGGAAAUAUCUGGUGACCAUCACCUGGGGGGGACAGAGCAUAUUGCGCAGCCCAUUCGAGGUCCAUGUCAGCGAGGAGGCGGGGCCUCAGAAGGUAAGGGCCUGGGGUCCAGGUCUGGAAGCAGGGUUGGUGGGGAAGAGUGCAGACUUUGUUGUGGAGGCCAUCGGCACAGAGGUGGGAACUCUGGGUUUCUCCAUCGAGGGUCCUUCUCAAGCUAAGAUCGAGUGUGAUGACAAAGGUGAUGGGUCGUGUGACGUGCGAUACUGGCCAACAGAGCCAGGCGACUAUGCUGUCCAUGUCAUAUGUGAUGAUGAGGACAUUAAAGAUAGCCCCUUCAUGGCUCACAUCCUCUCAGAUCCCGGCGACGUCUUUCCUGAAAAAGUUAAAUGUUUUGGCCCUGGCCUUGAGCCUUUCGGCUGCAUUAUUAACAAAGCGGCAGACUUUACCAUUGAUGCCCAAGAAGCUGGAAGAGGAGAGCUGAAGCUUUAUGCUCAGGAUUCAGAUGGAUUCCCAAUCGACAUCCAAAUCACUGACAAUGGAAACGGCACCUAUUUCUGCGUCUAUGUCCCCACCAAACCCAUCAAGUACACCAUCAUCAUCACCUGGGGGGAAAUCAACGUUCCCAAGAGCCCCUUCAGGGUGACAGUUGGAGAAGGCAGCCACCCAGAGAAUGUGAAAGUUUACGGCCCAGGUGUAGAGAAGAUGGGGUUGAAAGCCAACGAGCCUACGUACUUCACUGUGGACUGCAGCGAGGCUGGACAGGGUGAUGUCAGCAUUGGGAUAAAAUGUGCCCCUGGUGUGGUUGGACCUGCUGAGGCUGACAUUGACUUCGACAUCAUAAAAAAUGACAAUGAUACAUUCACGGUCAAGUACACACCGCCAGGCCCCGGCAAGUACACCAUCAUGGUGCUGUUUGGUGAUCAGGAAAUUCCCAUCAGUCCCUUCAGAAUAAAGGUGGACCCCUCCCACAAUGCAGCUAAGGUCAGAGCAGAAGGACCUGGACUCAACAAAACUGGUGUGGAAGUGGGAAAACCCACCCACUUCACUGUUUACACAAAGGGAGCUGGAAAAGCCCAACCUGAGGUUCAUUUCAUGGGAGGGGCUAAAGAACUGGCUGUGAAGGACUUUGAAACCAUUGACAACCAUGACUACUCAUACACGAUCCGCUACACGCCAGUUCAAAAGGGAAACCUGUCUAUCACAGUGUGUCAUGGAGGAGACCCCAUUCCUCAAAGUCCAUUCAGGAUCAAUGUAGCCCCCCCACUAGACCUUAACAAGGUCAUCGUUCAGAGCCUGAAUAGCAGGGUGGAUGUUGGUGAGGAGCAGGAGUUCUCUGUCAGCACUUGUGGUGCUGGAGGCCAGGGGAAGUUUGAUGUGAACAUCUCCUCUCCAUCACAACACCAAGUGCCCUGCAACCUGGAAUACUGCGCAGCCAGCGAGGUGCACUCUGUUAUGUACGUCCCCCGAGAGGAGGGUCCGUACAGGGUGGACAUCAGCUAUGAUGGAAACCCUGUCCCUGGAAGUCCAUUCCCUGUGGAGGGAGUGAUGCCUCCAGACCCCUCAAAGGUGCAGGCUUAUGGUCCAGGUCUUCAGGGUGGAGUGGUGGGUAAACCUGCCCCUUUUGCCAUUGACACAAAGGGUGCUGGUACAGGAGGUUUGGGUCUAACAGUGGAAGGUCCUUGCGAGGCCAAGAUUGAAUGCCAGGACAAUGGAGAUGGAUCUUGUUCCGUGUCAUACUUUCCCACUGAGCCUGGCGAGUAUGCCAUCAACAUCCUCUUUGCUGACCAACACAUCCCUGGAUCCCCCUUCAAAGCUGUGGUCCAGUCUUUGUUUGACCCCAGUAAGGUGACAGCCCAGGGGUCUGGCCUGGAACGAGGGAAAGUCCACGAGCCUGGAUCCUUUGUGGUGGACUGUUCCAAGGCCGGAGAAGCUGAGCUCACCAUUGAGAUAGUUUCAGACUCUGGAAUCAAAGCAGAAGUUCAGGUUCAGAACAGCAGUGAGGGGACGUACUCCAUCACCUACAUCCCAAAGUGCCAUGGCAUGUACACCAUCACCGUCAAAUACGGGGACCAAGCUGUUCCCCAGUUCCCCUCCCGCUUGCAGGUGGAUCCAGCUGUGGAUGCAAGUGGGGUGAAGGUCUAUGGACCAGGAGUGGAUCCCAGAGGUGUCCUCAAGGAGGUAGUGACUCACUUUGCUGUUGACACUCGAGCUCACUACAAGAGCGGGAGCAGCAAUGUCAAAGUCCACAUCUCCAACCCAUCAGGCAGCAACACGGACACCCACAUCACAGAUAUUGGGGAUGGGACUUACAGGGUGGAAUAUACACCCUAUGAGGAUGGACUCCACUUGAUUGAAGUGCUCUUUGAUGAGGUUCUGGUCCCAAAGUGUCCCUUUAGGGUGUUGGUGACUGAAGGCUGUGACCCAAGUCGAGUGGAAGCGUUUGGUCCAGGUCUGGAGGAGGGCCUGGUGAAUAAACCAAAUGUCUUCACUGUGGAAACCAGGGGAGCAGGUACAGGAGGUCUUGGCCUGGCAAUUGAAGGUCCAUCAGAGGCUAAGAUGUCUUGUAAAGACAACAAAGAUGGCAGCUGCAGCGUGGAAUACAUCCCCUUUACUCCAGGAGAGUAUGAUGUCAACAUCACCUUUGGUGGCCUUCCUAUCCCAGGAAGUUCAUUUCGUGUUCCGGUUCGAGAGCUGGUUGACCCUAGUAAAGUGAGGUGUUUGGGUCCUGGCCUAGGGAGUGGAGUCCGAGCUCAUGUUCCUCAGACCUUUACUGUCGACAGCAGCAAGGCGGGAGUAGCCCCCCUGGAGGUUCAACUCUGUGGGCCAACAGGUGUGGCAGAGCCUGUCAGCAUCACAGACAACGGUGAUGGUACUCACACUGUUAGCUACACUCCUGCUAACGACGUCUUGUACACCAUUUAUGUGAAGUACGCCGACCAGCAAGUGCCACGCAGUCCUUUCCAAAUCAAACCAUUACCAGCUCAUGAUGCCAGUAAGGUUCGUGCCAGUGGACCAGGCUUAAAUGCAGCCGGCAUAUUAGCCAGUUUUCCAGUCGAGUUCACCAUUGACGCGAGAGAUGCUGGAGAAGGAUUACUGACGGUGCAGAUAUUGGAUCCGGACGAUUGCAGGCGCCAGGCCUCGGUGUUUGUGGAGGACUGGGGCAGGAGGGUUUGGGAGACACACAUAGUAAAGAAAACCAUCCCCUUCAGUAUUUUGAAGAGAGGCUGUGAUCCCAAAGGAAAACCCAAGAAGGCGACCAUCAGAGACAACAGAGAUGGGACGUACACAGUGUCUUACGUCCCAGAUUUAACUGGCCGCUACACAAUCACCAUCAAGUAUGGAGGAGAUGAGAUUCCAUACUCACCUUACCGUAUCCCCGCUGCGCCCACUGGAGAUGCCAGCAAGUGUCUGGUCACAGUUUCCAUUGGGGGUCACGGGCUCGGUUCAGGUCUUGGCCCUACCAUCCAGAUUGGAGAGGAGACAGUCAUUACGGUGGAUGCCAAAGCAGCAGGAAAAGGCAAAGUCACCUGUAAAGUGUCAACGCCAGAUGGGGGGGAACUGGAUGUUGAUGUGGUUGAAAAUACAGACGGUACAUUUGACAUUUAUUACACUGCUCCGGAGCCGGGGAAGUACGUCAUCACUAUCCGAUUUGGGGGUGAACAAAUUCCCAACAGCCCCUUCCAUGUGAUGGCCACCAAUGAUUCGAUGGGUCCCGCUGGUGGUAUGGAGCCCACACUGCGCCCCUUCAGUCUGGUCAUUCCCUUCACAGUGCAGAAAGGACAGAUUACAGGACAAGUCAAAAUGCCUUCUGGAGAAACGGCUCAACCGGACAUCACUGACAACAAGGAUGGAACUGUUUUAGUAAAAUACUCGCCGACGGAACGAGGCCUUCAUGAAAUGGACAUCAAGUAUGAUGGCAGUCACAUUCCUGGAAGCCCACUGCAGUUCUUCGUUGAUGCCAUCAACAGCACUCACGUGACGGCGUACGGUGCAGGUUUGAGCCAUGGGAUAGUGAAUGGAGUCGCCUCAUUCACCAUCAUCACCAAAGAUGCUGGAGAAGGCGGUUUGUCUCUUGCAGUUGAAGGUCCAUCCAAAGCAGAGAUCAGCUGUAAAGACAACAAAGAUGGAACGUGCAUCGUGUCUUACAUGCCGACGGCACCGGGAGAUUACAACAUCAUUGUUAAAUUUGAUGAUAAACACAUAGCCGGCAGUCCCUUUACUGCCAGGAUCACUGGUGAAGAGACCAUUAACACACCCCAACUCAAUGUUGGGACAGCAACAGAUGUCUCUUUGAAGAUCUCGGAGACUGACCUGAGCAGCCUGACGGCGACUAUUAGGACGGCGUCUGGUUUCGAGGAGCCAUGUCUCCUGAAGAGACUGCCCAACAAACACAUUGGAAUCUCCUUCACACCCAAAGAAGUUGGAGAACAUGUGGUGAGCGUGAAGAAAAAUGGCAAACAUGUGACCAACAGCCCAUUUAAAAUCAGGGUAGGUCAGUCUGAAAUUGGAGAUGCCAGCAAAGUGAAAGUUUAUGGUCAGGGGUUAGUGGAAGGACACACCCUGGAGGUCUCGGAGUUUUUGGUGGACACCAGAAAUGCAGGUUAUGGAGGUUUAAGUCUCUCCAUUGAGGGGCCCAGUAAAGUGGACAUAAACUGUGAGGACAUAGAAGAUGGAACCUGCAAGGUCACUUUCUGUCCGACUGAACCGGGAAACUACAUCAUCAACAUCAAAUUUGCUGAUCAGCAUGUUCCAGGAAGUCCUUUCACAGUGAAGAUAUUUGGUGAGGGUCGAAUGAAGGAAAGCAUUACAAGGAAACGUCAGGCUCCUUCCAUUGCUACUGUGGGCAGCACCUGUGACCUCAACCUCAAAAUACCAGGAAACUGGUUUGAGAUGGUUUCAGCUCAGGAGCGUCUGACCCGGACAUUCACCCGCAGCAGCCAUACCUACACUCGAACCGAACGCACAGAAAUCAGUAAAACUCGAGCCGGAGAAACUAAGAGGGAGGUCCGGGUAGAGGAGAGCACCCGGGUGGGAGAGGAUCCCUUCAGAGGCGUGUUUGGAGACUUCUUGGGACAAGAGAGUCUGACUGAGACGGGGGACCAGGAAAUGACAGCUCAGGUGACGAGUCCUGCAGGCAAGACAGAGGAUGCAGAAAUCCUCAAAGGAGAGGACAGCACCUACAGUGUUCGCUUCAUCCCCCAUGAAAUGGGACCUCACAAAGUCAGCGUUAAAUACCGGGAUCAGCACGUCCCUGGGAGCCCCUUCCAGUUCACUGUGGGGCCUCUGGGGGAAGGAGGGGCCCACAAAGUACGAGCAGGAGGCAUUGGGCUUGAGCGGGGAGUGGCAGGAAUCCCGGCGGAGUUCAGCAUCUGGACCAGGGAAGCCGGCGCCGGGGGGCUGUCCAUCGCCGUGGAGGGACCUAGUAAAGCUGAGAUCACCUUUGAGGACAGAAAAGAUGGCUCUUGUGGAGUGGCUUAUGUGGUUCAGGAGCCUGGUGAAUAUGAACUAUCUAUUAAAUUUAAUGAUGAGCACAUCCCAGAUUCUCCCUUCAUUGUUCCUAUGGCUACCCUAUCAGACGAUGCCCGGCGUCUCACCCUGACCAGCCUACAGGAAAUGGGUCUGAAGGUGGGUCAAGAGGCCUCUUUUGCUGUGCAGCUAAAUGGAGCCAGAGGUCUUAUCGACGCAAAGAUCCACACGCCAUCAGGGGCCACAGAAGAGUGUUGUGUCUCUGAGCUGGAUGGUGAUGAACAUGCCAUCAGAUUUAUUCCAAAAGAAAAUGGUGUUCAUUCCAUUGAUGUUUCCUUCAAUGGCUGCCACAUCCCUAACAGCCCUUUUAAGAUUUGUGUAGGAGAACCAGGACAAGUGGGUGAUCCUGGUCUUGUGUCUGCUUAUGGAACUGGCCUGGAAGGGGGUACCACAGGCAAUGUGUUGGACUUCAUCGUCAAUACUUGCAAUGCUGGCACCGGAGCUCUGUCGGUGACUAUUGAUGGACCCUCCAAAGUUAAGAUGGACUGUCAGGACUAUCCUGAAGGCUACAAAGUGUUCUACACUCCCAUGGCUCCUGGGAACUACCUGAUUUCCAUCAGAUAUGGGGGUCCCCAGCACAUUGUUGGAAGUCCUUUCAAAGCUAAAGUGUCGGGACCCCGACUGUCUGGAGGACACAAUCUGCAUGAAACAUCAUCUGUUCACGUGAAAACUGUCACCAAGUCUUCAGCUAUGGGCAAAACUUUUGCCUUUUUACCCAAAUUCUCUUCUGAUGCAAGUAAAGUCGUCUCUCAUGGUGCCGGCCUGUCAAAAGCUUUUAUUGGUCAGAAAAAUGCAUUUACUGUAGACUGCAGCAAAGCAGGAAUAAACAUGUUGAUGGUUGGUGUCCAUGGACCCAUAUCCCCCUGUGAGGAGGUAUACGUCAAACACAUGGGAAACAGGAUGUACAAUGUGACAUACACUGUGAAAGAACAAGGCAGCUACAUCCUUAUUGUGAAGUGGGGCGAUGAAAACGUUCCCGGCAGUCCUUUUCAUGUUAUUGUCCCUUAAAUAUGGACUCUUACUCUUCGUCUACAUACAACCCUUCUCCACACCUCUGAAUGCUCUUCUGCCCUUAUGGGAGACAAUUUUGUAUUUGAGUAAUCAUUCUGUCUACCUGUUGGCUAAAGCAACUGUUAUUCUGAUGUCAAUAUUCCUCUACAACACAGAUUGUUAUGUUUGACAUCAAGUCGUGCAUGAUCCAAUUUCCAAGUAAGAUAUCCUUUAGAUUAGGGUUCAAAUGUUCGGCGCCCCGUCAGCGCUGCCUGGCUCCUGCACCAAAAGACUAGCUGAAAAGUUCAGGAAGUUGUUCAUUUUUCAUUUAGAGAAGCUCGCAAACACAGCGGGAAGCCGAGUCUGCAGAAAAAAAAAUAUUUUCAUGAAUAACCUCAUCUCACAUAAAUGUAAAAAGUAUAUCAAUUUAAUCUCCCCUGCAGCUCUGUAUUUAUGUUUGUAACAUUUUAAGUUCUUAUAGAAAUAAAACUGGAGAUUUUUAUUUGAA